GAGGCAGCGGCGCCGGGAGCGGGGAUCCGCGGAGGAGCGAGGCCGGCUGGUCUGCAGUCCCGUGUGCUCUAGAGGCUGCUGAGACGCCGCGGAGAACGGCUAGAGCGCGGAGGAGGGCAGCGGAGCGCGGGGAGCCGGCGGCGCCGGCGGCCUCCCUGUCGGAAUCCCCCCCUCCCCGUGUGCAGCCAUGCGGGUGGCCAAGUGGUUGACCGGGCUGCUCUGCCCGUUCUCGCUCCUUCUCACUGGAUCUUGGGAAGUUCGUUUCCACCCACGACAGGAAGCCCUGGUGAAGACUCUGGCCUCCUAUGAAGUGGUGACUCCUGCGAGGGUCAAUGAGUUCGGAGAAGUGUUCCCUCAGAACCGGCAUUUCAGCCGGAAGAAACGUAGCUCCGGGGUGCCUGAGCCUCCUCCGCUCAGGACCCACUACCGCAUCCGCGCCUAUGGGCAGCUCUUCCAGCUGAACCUGAGCGCAGACGCGGCCUUCCUGGCUGCAGGCUACACCGAAGUGCACUUGGGGACCCCGGCGCACGGGCCAGGCAGAGGCAGUGCAGAGCCCCCAGACCUACGCCACUGCUUCUACCGUGGUCAGGUCAACGAGAGAGAGGACCACACCGCAGUCUUCAGUCUCUGUGGGGGACUGAUGGGAACAUUCAGAGCACACGAUGGCGAAUACUUCUUAGAGCCUGUCAUGGAGGCGGAUGGAAGUGACGGUGACGAUGACCACAACAAGCCACAUUUGAUAUACAGGCAGGAACUAAAGAGCAGCUCCUUUGCACACUCUCAUGGGCCUUGUGACGUUUCAGAAAAUCAAGCGAAGAAAACUGCCUUGCCCGCUCCUAACUUCAGUAACGGGACUGGAGACGUCAGUAUAAAGAAGGAAGCGGCGUUCCGAUCGGAAGGUGGAAGGAGUCAGAUACAUUCCAGGAAUAAGCGAUUUUUAUCAUACCCAAGAUACGUGGAAGUUAUGGUUACAGCCGACGCUAAGAUGGUCCACCACCACGGGCAGAGCCUGCAGCACUAUGUGCUAACCCUGAUGUCAAUCGUUGCAGCAAUCUACAAGGACUCAAGCAUCGGGAACCUGAUAAAUAUCGUGAUUGUGAAGCUGGUUGUGAUUCACAGUGAACAGGAAGGACCAGUCAUCAGUUUUAAUGCAGCUACCACGUUGCGCAACUUUUGCUUGUGGCAACAGACUCAGAACGUCCUGGAUGACGCUCAUCCUUCUCACCAUGACACUGCUGUUCUCAUCACGAGGGAAGACAUUUGUGGAGCUAAAGAGAAAUGCGACACACUAGGCUUAGCGGAGUUGGGCACCCUGUGCGACCCUUUGCGGAGCUGCUCCAUCAGUGAAGAGAACGGGCUGAGUGCCGCCUUCACCAUCGCCCAUGAGCUCGGGCAUGUGUUCAAUGUUCCGCACGAUGACAGUUUUAAAUGUAAGGAAUCUGGGGCUAAACAUCAGUAUCACGUAAUGGCACCAACUCUCAAUUACCACACGAGCCCCUGGACCUGGUCAGCAUGUAGCCAGAAGCACAUCACAGAGUUCCUAGACACUGGCCAUGGAGAAUGCCUUCUUGACAAACCAAAUGGAAGAAUAUAUGACCUGUCUCCACAGCUUCCUGGCUCAGUAUAUGAUGGGAACAAACAAUGUGAACUUAUGUUUGGUCCUGGAUCACAAGUAUGUCCCUAUUUGAAACAAUGUCGGCGCCUGUGGUGCACCAGUGCAGAAGGCGUCCACAAAGGCUGUCGCACACAGCACAUGCCGCUGGCAGACGGGACGAGCUGUGGUCCUGGGAUGCACUGCCACCGUGGCCUAUGUGUAACCAGAGACAUGGAGACCCGUCCUGUGGAUGGCGAGUGGGGACCCUGGGGACCCUACAGCUUGUGUUCAAGAACGUGCGGGGGUGGAAUCAAAAGCACAGCCAGGCUCUGUGACCGUCCCGAGCCAAGAAACGGAGGAAGGUACUGUGUGGGCCGCAGGAUGAAAUUUCGAUCAUGUAACACUGAUUCAUGUCCAAAAGGCAAGCGAGACUUCCGCGAAAAGCAAUGCUCUGACUUUGAUGGUAAACAUUUCAACAUCAACGGCCUGCCCCCUAAUGUGCGGUGGCUUCCAAAGUACAGCGGGAUUGCCAUAAAAGAUCGCUGUAAACUCUAUUGCCGGGUGGCUGGGACCACCAGCUUCUACCAGCUGAAGGACAGAGUUGCUGAUGGCACACCCUGUGGGACUGAGACAAAUGACAUCUGUGUUCAGGGCCUUUGUCGGCAAGCCGGCUGUGACCAUGUGUUGAACUCCAAGGCCAAGAGAGACAAAUGUGGAGUGUGUGGUGGCGAUAACUCUUCGUGCCAGACCCUGGCCGGUGUCUUCAACAGUGCACAUUAUGGUUACAAUGUCGUUGUAAAGAUUCCCGCGGGGGUGACAAACAUUGAAAUUCUUCAGCACAGCUACUCUGGAAGGCCGGAGGACGACAACUAUCUUGCAUUAUCUGACACUCACGGGAACUUUCUGCUGAAUGGUAACUUUGUUGUAAGCAUGGCGAAGAAAGAAAUCAACAUCCAGGGAGCUAUCAUUGAAUACAGUGGAUCAAACAACUCGAUUGAAAGAAUUAAUAGCACUGACCGGCUGGAAGCGGAGCUGGUUCUGCAGGUGUUGUGUGUGGGUAAUUUAUAUAACCCUGACGUGCACUAUUCCUUCAACAUCCCCAUUGAGAAGAGGAGCAAUCAGUUCUCCUGGGAUCCAUAUGGGCCGUGGCAAGACUGUACCAAAAUGUGCCAAGGUCUUCAUAGAAGAAAAAUUGCCUGCAUACGUAAGAGUGACCAUGCGGUUGUGUCUGAUCAAAGCUGUGACCACUUACCGCUGCCACUGUUUGUGACUGAAAAGUGCAAUACAGACUGUGAACUCAGGUGGCACAUCGCUGGCAAAAGCGAAUGCUCGUCCCAGUGCGGCCAAGGGCACAGGAGCCUAGACGUUCGCUGCAUGAAGUACUCCAUGCAUAAAGGACAGACUGUCCCAGUAGAGGAUCACUACUGUGGUGAUCAGCCCAAACCUCCUACCCGAGAGCCAUGCCAUGGCAGCUGUGUUGUAGCAAGGUGGCACUAUUCGGAGUGGUCCCAGUGUUCCAGGAGUUGCGGAGGAGGGAAGGAGACCAGAGAGUCCUACUGUGUCGAUGGCUUUGGCCACCGCCUUGCUGAACGAGAGUGUCAAGAGCUUCCUCGGGUGACACUUGGGGACUGCAAUGAGUUUCCUUGUCCCAUCUGGGCAACUAGUGAGUGGAGUGAGUGUCCUGUCACCUGUGGAGAAGGAACGAAACAGCGGCAGGUGUGGUGUCAGCUGAGUGAAGAGCACAUGAGUGACGGCUUCUGUAACGCCAGCACCAAGCCUGAGUCGCUGAGCCGCUGUGAGCUCCGUGCGUGUGCUUCUUGGCAUGUCGGACCGUGGGGCUCUUGCACGGCCACCUGUGGACACGGCUAUCAGAUGCGAGCUGUUAAGUGUGUCAGUGAGCUCUUUGGCACCAUGCUAGAUGACAGAGAGUGCCAGGGAGCCAGCCGGCCAAGUGACAGACAGGACUGUAUAUUUGCACCUUGCCUGGUUAUUCCAAGAGUUGGGGCCACCUCCUUCCCAACCAUUGCCCUGGGAAAGGCAGCGCAGUGGCGCCAUGGAUCUUGGACCCCAUGCUCCGCGUCGUGUGGAAGAGGCAGCCAGGCCCGCUAUGUGAGCUGUCGCGAUGCUGAUGACGGAGUAGCGGAGGAGUCGCACUGUGCCCAUCUGCCCCGGCCUGCUGAAGUGUCUCCCUGCUUCAGCCCCUGUGGAGAGUGGCAAGCAGGCAGCUGGUCCCCGUGUUCAGCUUCCUGCGGACACGGGAAAACCACUCGGCAGGUUUUAUGCAUGAACUACCCGCAACUGGUCGAUGAGAGCUACUGUGACCCCGCAGUCCGUCCCGCGAUCGAACAAGAAUGUAGCCUGGCAGCCUGCCCGCCCUCAUACAGCCAUUUUCCCAGCUCCUCUGAGCAGCCAAGCCAUUUCCCAGGCAGAAAUGUUCCGUUAACUCACAGACCAGAAGAGACUCAAAAUCGAGGGGUCCACCCAUCGAUCGGAGGGAACCAAUGGAGAACAGGCCCCUGGGGAGCAUGUUCCAGAAGCUGCGCAGGCGGUCUCCAGCACAGGGCUGUGGUCUGCCAGGAUGAAGACGGGCGAAGCGCUUCUUACUGUGAUGUGGCCUCCAAGCCCCCAGAGUCACGGCACUGUGGCUCCGGACCUUGUCCACACUGGAAUUAUGGGGACUGGGGAGAAUGCACACAAACAUGUGGUGGAGGAGUAAAAUCGAGAUUCGUGAUAUGCCAGUUUCCCAAUGGCCAGAUGGCACAGGAACACAACUGUGAACUGCCCAAGCCACCUAGCAUGACGCAGUGUCACCUGCAUGCCUGCCCUGACGAUGUGUCCUGGUAUCGGGGACCAUGGAAAUCGUGCUCAGCGUCUUGUGGCAAAGGUGUAAAGCACCGAGAGGUCCUUUGCAUUGAUCUGCUGCGAAGGAAAUUAGGAGAAAACUAUUGCAGUCAUCUGCAGAAACCGCGAACUCACAAAGCUUGCAGGUCGGGACGAUGCCCUUCAUGGAAAGCCAAUAGAUGGAUGGAGUGCUCUGUGACCUGUGGCUCUGGGGUGCAGCAGAGGGAGGUGUACUGCAGACUGAGAGGUACUGGGCGAGUGGCUGAAGGCCUGUGUGAUCCAUUCACCCGGCCUCAGGGACAGCGGCACUGUUGGCAUCAGGACUGCAUGAAGUACCAGUGGGCAACAGAAGGCUGGCUAGAUUGCUCAACAUCAUGUAAGAAAAAAAAGACCUACCGGCUAGUGAAAUGCACGAAUGAAAAAAACGUGCAAGUGAACGAAAGUUUCUGUGAUCCUUUGACAAAACCUCUUUCAACCAAAAAGUGCAAGAAUCCUCACUGCAAGUAUGUGGUGGUAACAGGAGACUCAUCGCAGUGUGCAGGCAAUUGUGGGUUCACUCACCCACAGAAGAUUACUUACUGCACUAGGAUCCAGUCCCCUAAGAAGCGUGUGUUCCAUCAGCUUCGGCCUGUAGACUAUGAAGAAUGCCCCGUGAUACCUUUUCCUCAUGUGUACAAAUGCGAUGUUGGAAGUUGUUUGCAUGUAGCCACUUGGAAAGUGGGGAAAUGGAGCAAGUGCUCAGUAACUUGUGGAAAUGGGAUAACGGAGAGAAGAGUAGAGUGCAGGACUGAAAACGGUUGGCCCAGUGACUUAUGUUUAAAGCGUUUAAAGCCAGAUGCUCAAAAGAAAUGUUAUGCCAAUGACUGCAAAUUAUUUACUACCUGCAAAGAAAUCCAAGUUGCAAACAAUGCUACCAAGGAUGGUGACUACGACCUUAACAUCAGGGGAAGAAUAAUGAAGAUCCAUUGCUCGGGCAUGCGUCUGGAGAACCCUAGAGAAUAUUUGCCACUGGUCAAAGGCGAAGACAACUUUUCAGAAGUAUAUGGCCUCAGGCUUCAAAAUCCCCAUGAGUGCCCCUUCAAUGGAAGCAGGAGGCGAGACUGUGCAUGUAAAGAUGACUACCGACCUGCUGGAUACACUGCUUUCAGCAAAGUGAGGGUUGAUCUCACGUCCAUGCAAAUCCAAACUACGGAUCUUCUUUUCUCUCAGACACUAUUUGGAAAAGCAGUAACAUUUGCCACAGCUGGAGACUGCUACAGUGCUGCCAGAUGCCCGCAGGGGCAGUUUAGCAUUAAUUUAGCCGGAACUGGGAUGAAGAUUUCCAACACAGCAAAGUGGCUCGCUCAGGGGAGGUAUGCCUCCGCCAUCAUCCACAGAUCUCAGGACGGAACCAAAGUCUACGGUAGAUGCGGAGGGUUCUGUGGGAAAUGCAUUCCCCACACGGCUCCAUGGCUCCCGGUUCAAGUACUCUGAACAUUCAGUCUUGGAAGUACCGAUGAAGGGAUGCUCUGUGAAAGCGCAGGGC